UCCAGCAUCUCUUCCAGACGGAACUAAUAGUUUAGUAAUUCUUAUUAUAUUCAUGUGUUUAGUUCGAAGCUCGAAGCUGUCUGUCCAUGUAACUGAUGAGAGUCGGCUGUUAGCUUAGCUGGUUAGCUUAGCCACGUAAACAAUAGACCUUUGUGAGAGAACUGAACAUUUUUUUCAACUUUUUGCCCAAACCUAAACUCUCUUUUUUGACUGUGUUUUAAUACGACAGCGUUUGCUGCAUCAUGCCUGUAGAAGGUGCAGAGCCCCAGGCGUCCUCCUCGGUCUCCAGCCCGGUCAGUGCCUCACUCAUCCCCGGAGGACCAGAGGAGGAUGGAGCUGCAAGGGGUUCAGCAGUUUGCACCUUCCCUGAAAACAACCAUGUCUCAGAGGCAGCUGCAGCAUAUCCAGCCAACAAUGGGCCAGGGGAGUGUAACAGUGCUGGUAAGAGGUCUGGAGCCUUGGUUCAAAUCGACCGUCAGCGCAUCCAAGUUGCUUCUGCCAGUUCAGGAGCGGAUGAACUUCAAGGCUUAGGUGUGGCCGUGUACGAUCAGGAUGUUCUCGAGCAAGGUGUUCUGCAACAAGUGGACGAGGCUAUCCAGGAGGCCAGUCAGGCUGCUGUUAAAGCUGAGGCUGAAAAGGAGUACCAGUUGGUGCUGGAUGAUGUCAGGUCUGUUACGUCGUCUCUGAAACAUAUCAAUAAGAUUAUUGAGCAGCUGACUCCCUAUGCAGCCUCCAGCAAGGACAUCAGUAGAAAAAUUGAAUCUGUCAAACGACAGAAGGAAAACAAGGAAAAACAACUGAAAAAAGUUAGAGCAAAGCAGAAACGACUUCAGGCCAUUCUGGGUGGAGAAGAUGUUCAGAGAGUGGAAGCUGAGCUGUUUGCAGAAGACGAUGGAGAGGAAGAACCAGGACCGUCCACGCUGGGGAGCAUGCUCAUGCCAGCUCAGGAGACCGAAUGGGAAGAGCUCAUUCGAAAAGGUCACAUGACUCCUUUUGGAACCCGAAUACAACAGAAGGAAGUAAAGAAGGAGCCUCGAAAGUUGAUGCUGGCUGAGAACUCUGCCUUUGACCAGUACUUGGCAGACCAAGCCAAGUUAGCUACUGAGCGUAAGAAAUUACCUCUUCAGAGGAAGAAGAAAAACACAGAAUUAAGUCUUAAUGGGAUGACUAAGGUAAAGUCCAAAAAGUCGGUUUCUUCAUCUAAGGAUAAAAAGCUAAAGAAACGCAUGAGGAAGCUGCAGAUAACAGCUCUGAAGGCCCAUCCUAAAGCCCGACCUAAGGCUGAGCCGCAGCAUCCGAAACCAAGGAGGAGGCGGCACACUGAGGGAGAGGAAACGGACAGCGAGGGGUCCGAGUAUCUGCCCAGUGAAGAAGUACUAGACUUUGAACAGGAGGAGAGAGAGGCCAGGGAAGAGGGCUUUGGGGAGGAUGAGGGCGAUGAAGAGUACGAGUUGAAACCAUUCAAAAGAAAAAGUGAUAAGAAAGUAAAGAAAAGAGAAAGUGAAGAAGAAUACAGUCCUGAGAGUUCAGAGGGAGACGAAGAUGAGGAAGAUGGGGGUAAAGAGAAGAAACACAAAGACGAUGGAGAUGUGGAGUACUACAGGCAGCGGAUAAGGAAAUGGAAGCGGCAGCGACUUCGAGAGCGGGAGGAGAAGCGAGAAAUGGGCGAGGAGCUAACGGACGACAGCGACGUUGAGUUUGACGAAGGCUUCAAAGUUCCUGGAUUUCUUUGGAAAAAACUUUACAAAUACCAGCAGACUGGUGUGCGGUGGAUGUGGGAACUCCACUGUCAGCAGGCAGGCGGCAUCCUGGGAGAUGAGAUGGGACUGGGCAAAACCAUCCAGGUCAUCAGCUUUCUGGCUGGACUAAGCUACAGCAAACUGAGAACGAGAGGUUCCAACUACAGGUACGUUGGCUUGGGUCCAACCAUCAUCGUGUGCCCGGCUACGGUCAUGCAUCAGUGGGUAAAGGAGUUUCACACCUGGUGGCCUCCUUUCAGGGUGGCAGUUCUGCAUGAGACCGGCUCCUUUACCAGUAAUAAGGAAAAGCUGAUUCCAGAAAUCACAUCGUGCCAUGGCAUCUUGAUCACCUCAUAUUCAGCCGUGAGGAAUCUGCAAGACGCCUUACUGCGUUAUGACUGGCACUACAUCAUCCUGGAUGAGGGCCACAAGAUCAGAAAUCCAAACGCUGGAGUCACCACUGCAUGCAAACAGUUUCGGACUCCUCACAGGUUCAUCCUGUCAGGCUCACCGAUGCAGAACAACUUGAAGGAACUCUGGUCUCUCUUCGACUUUGUCUUCCCUGGAAAAUUGGGGACAUUACCUGUCUUCAUGGAGCAAUUUUCGGUGCCAAUUACCAUGGGAGGAUACAGCAAUGCCUCACCUGUACAGGUCCAGACGGCGUUCAAGUGUGCGUGUGUGCUGAGGGACACAAUAAAUCCUUACCUGCUCCGAAGGAUGAAGGCAGACGUCAAGGCCAACCUCUCCCUACCUGACAAAAACGAACAGGUGCUGUUUUGCAGAUUAACACAGGACCAGCGGCAGGUUUAUCAAAGCUUCUUAGAUUCCAAAGAGGUCUACCAAAUAUUAAAUGGUGACAUGCAGGUAUUUUCAGGCCUGAUCGCACUGCGUAAGAUAUGUAACCACCCGGACCUUUUCUCAGGCGGGCCCCGGAUGCUGAGGGGGAUCCCAGAGGACCAGCUAACCGAAGAGGAACACUUUGGCUUUUGGAAGCGCUCGGGCAAGCUGAUGGUGGUCGAGUCGCUGCUGCGUCUCUGGUUCAAACAGGGACACAGGGUCCUGCUCUUCACUCAGUCUAGACAGAUGUUGGACAUCUUGGAGGUGUUUGUUUUGGAGAAGAACUACUCCUACCUGAAAAUGGACGGGACGACCACAAUAGCUUCCCGACAGCCGCUCAUCACUCGCUACAACGAAGACAAAUCUAUUUUUAUCUUCUUGCUGACCACUAAAGUCGGAGGUUUGGGAGUCAAUCUGACCGGAGCCAACAGAGUCAUCAUUUAUGACCCGGACUGGAACCCGAGUACGGACACGCAGGCCCGCGAGCGAGCGUGGAGGAUAGGUCAAAAGCAGCAGGUAACUAUUUAUAGGCUGCUGACUGCAGGGACCAUUGAAGAGAAGAUCUACCACAGGCAAAUCUUCAAACAGUUUCUCACCAAUCGGGUUCUGAAGGAUCCCAAACAAAGACGGUUCUUUAAGUCCAACGACAUCUAUGAGCUCUUCACCCUAGCCGACCCCGAUGGAACUCAGGGAACGGAGACCAGCGCCAUCUUUGCAGGCACUGGCUCUGAUGUGAAAGUACCCAGGAAACACGAGAGGCCCAAACGAUCACACUCUGUGAACCACGUCAGCUGUGAAUAUAAACAAACCCCAGCAGUCCAGAGAGAAGCCGGUGCAGACAGAAGAAACUCGAGAGACAUCCCUCCAUUAAAAAGUGAAAACAGUCUGAACAGAUCAAACGCACCAGCGGACAGUCAGAGCCAAAAUGAGGCGGGUGUCUCUGUCGAUCUGCUGCUUACAAGACUAAAUAACAAGGAGUCAGCGGCAGCCAAAGCAGCAAACCGCUCUCAACACAAAGACUCGCACAAACACAAGGAAAAGAGGAAGCACUGUGACUCUAACGUAGACAAACACAAGCAUAAAAAACACAAACACUCCCGCGGGGCUCGAUUUGAAGGCCAGCGCAUCUCUCAUUUAGUCAAGAAAAGGACGUUUAGGAAAUCAGAGAGUGAGGAGAAUUCAGCGGGGUGUCGGAAAGAAUCGGAUGAUUACGUCUUAGCGAAACUCUUCAAGAAGUCUGGUAUCCACAGUGUGAUGCAACACGACACCAUCAUGGAGUCCUCCAACCCCGACUACGUUCUAGUGGAAGCCGAAGCCAACCGAGUGGCUAAAGACGCCCUGAAAGCUCUAAAGAGUUCUCGACAACAGUGCAGACUUCCUUAUAACAGACCUCCUCCUCCUGCAAAGAAACGUUUUGGACUAAAUAAGAAUUCUCUUUUAGUUUCAUCUCCAGUUCCGUCCGCCUCCACUCCAACCAAAUGCAAGGACGCUGCUAUUGUAAAGAAAUCUGUUUCAAAGAAACCAGGUGCAGGGGCUCAUUUCAGUGGGGAAGGGCCAGACAGGGAGUCAAACUCCACCCCGCUGUCGUCCUCUGAUCUUCUGGCUAAGAUGAGAGCUCGUAAUCACGUCUAUAAGCCCUCCAGCCAGAGGGCUGCAGAGGAAGAGGAGGAAGAGGAUGGCUCUGGAGAUCCAGAGAGAAGUUUACCUCCUGUCCCGUCUACUGAGCAUGAUGAGCUGCUUGUAGAUCUGAGGAACUUCGUAGCUUUCCAGGCCAGUGUAGACGGACAGGCCACCACACAGGAAGUACUCGAGUAUUUCAAACCCAGACUGACCGAGGAACAGGCGCCCGUCUUCAGAGAGCUCCUGAGGAGCAUCUGUGACUUCCACAGGACCUUGGGCCAGGAGGGCAUGUGGAAACUUAAGGAGAACUUCCGCUGAAACAAUGAGUGAUGGAAGAUUAUUGGUUAGGAGUUUGGUCUCUGCAGUCAAAGUAAUUCCAAAUGCUUCCUGAUAUCUCACACACACACACACACACACACACACACACACACACACACACACACACACACACACACACACACACACACACAACUAAGGUGAAUAAAUUGAACUUUGCCGUUUUAGCUGGAUUCUAAUAAAACAGGAUUUAUUCCAUUUACCAAAACUUGAAGGAAAUAAUUUCUUUUCGAAUGUUUCAUUGUUUCAGCUGCAGAGUUGACGUAAUAAUUGUAAUUUUAAGGCAUCAGAAAAACCUCAGUGUCUCUUUGUUUUACCUGAAUAUCCUUGAAUUGUUGUUUUGGUGCCAUGCAGUUGAACUCUGUUACCUCAGACAAGAGCCAUACGCUCUUACUUAUUCAGACUGUACUUUAAUGACCUCACUGUUUGUCAGAGUUAUAAUAUUUUUCUGUAUAAAGUUUGUAAAGUUCCAUUUUGUAAACAUGAAUUCACUCCAUUGCUGAUUUUGUGAAUUUUUCUGACACAGUUUUCUGUUUUUACAGAAAAUGUUUUUAAAAUAUUGACGAGGGUUUAAUUUCAAAAAGGGGAAUGCGUUUUGUGCAAUAAAUGUCAAGUAACUGUU